AUGGAUGGAUGGCUGCUGCUGCAGGGCCCGGUGGGCUCUGCGUCGCUGUGCGGCUGCGAGGGAUCAGGGACCUUCCAGGGACCUGUGCGGCCCCCUCCGCCGCCCCUGCCAUCCCCCGCGGCCUCCGGGCAAGCCUCCGGGCAAGCCUCCGGGCAAGCCUCCGGGCAAGCCUCCGGGCAAGCCUCCGGGCAAGCCUCCGGGCAAGCCUCCGGGCAAGCCUCCGGGCAAGCCUCCGGGCAAGCCUCCGGGCAAGCCUCCGGGCAAGCCUCCGGGCAAGCCUCCGGGCAAGCCUCCGGGCAAGCCUCCGGGUCCGGCAAGCCUCCGGGCAAGCCUCCGGGCAAGCCUCCGGGCAAGCCUCCGGGCAAGCCUCCGGGCAAGCCUCCGGGCAAGCCUCCGGGCAAGCCUCCGGGCAAGCCUCCGGGCAAGCCUCCGGGCAAGCCUCCGGGCAAGCCUCCGGGCAAGCCUCCGGGCAAGCCUCCGGGCAAGCCUCCGGGCAAGCCUCCGGGCAAGCCUCCGGGCAAGCCUCCGGGCAAGCCUCCGGGCAAGCCUCCGGGCAAGCCUCCGGGCAAGCCUCCGGGCAAGCCUCCGGGCAAGCCUCCGGGUGAGUCGUGUCGGCAGGACGAGGUGAAUGCGUCUCCGCACUUCUUGUGGAGAAAAGCGGGCAUAAUGACCGACGUUGCCAUGUAA